AUGGAUCCUCCUCGCCGUCCCAAGCAGCGGAACAAGCCAACCCUUAACUGCCUGGCUUGUGUCGAGAGGAAGAGCAGGUGUGACCGAGGGCGUCCUGCCUGCUUCACCUGCGUGAAGCGCCAAGUCGAGUGUCAAUACACCCCCGUGGCGAACUUCCUCGCUGCGUCCCAAGCUCCGAUGCCACGCCCACGAAAAGAGCGCCGUCCGCCUGCCACGCCCCCUUCGACUGUAACACCCAGCGGUUGCCCGCAGGAUGCCUUGACUGUGGAAGGAUUGGCUUCAGAGAUCGUCCUGGCAUCGGCCUCAGCACUCCCGGAAACAGGCGACGAGGGCGUCCAGUUUGGCCAGGUAACUGCGCACACAGGGUCUGACGAGCGCGAUGAUCUGCUCGCCACCGACAUGUACAUCUUUCGCCUACUGGAUCUCCUGUUUCCAGACCAGACCCUGCACUGGAAGAUCGCCGCGCGCUUCUCAACUUAUUUGGGGCAAGCUUUCCCCAUCCAUUUCAACUACUGGACCGAUGCGGGAGGGCUUGUCGAGGUUAUUGCAGCUUUGCCAGCCAAAGAUGAAGCCGAUAUACUUCUGGAGCGCUUUUUCCAGGCCAUACAUCCUCUGUAUCCGAUCGUACCGCGAGAGUCUUUCAUGGCCGACUACGACCGCUUUUGGCUUCUUCUGGAUGAAGAAAAACACGCCAGCAAUGCUGCUCAUGUCGCUCUGCAGUUUGCCAUUUUCGCGGUCGCUGCGCAGGACAUGCACACACAGGCUACGCAAAGUACUCGCGCGGAUUUUUCAGAAUUUUACUUGAGCUGCUGCCAUCAGGGUCUUUGUCUUUCGAGUUAUCUCAACCACCACUCUGUGGCAACAGUUCAGACAAUGGUCUUGAUUUGCCAUUUCCUCAUUGCUACCGACAGGAUCUCCGAUGCGUGGACAAUCUCAGGUAUCACCCAGCGACUGGCGUAUCAUCUCAAGCUCAAUUGCCACCCAAACCGCAUUGGUCUCGCCUCAAAUUACAGCGAGGCACAACUACGCUGCCGAUUGUGGCAGGCCACCAUGAUGCAGGAUACGCAAUUGUCUCUAUGGCUGGGAUUGCCUGCCACUACAAUGUAUUACGACGUAGAACCCGACCAUUUUUGCAGCACCAGCCUGUCCAGCAUCGAAGACGAAGGAGCAGAUCUCUCUGAUCCUACUCUGUUGACCGACAAUGCCUACAUCCGUACCAUGUGGCGUUAUUCUAGCUUUGUUCAGACCAAUGUUUGUGUGCUACGCUCCCGGAAGCAACCUCUACCGAAUGGCACCGAACAGACCAUCACCAGCUUUCGGGACCUCUAUCACCACUUUGACCCGCCGUUCAAUUCCUUGAGUCCUUCGCGCUUCGAAAACCAACCGCCUAGACUCCUUUAUCAACAUGUUGCUGUGAGCAGCAGUUACUUCUCAGCUUUGAUGCUCCUUCAGAUGGAGCAAGCGACAGACACUUUCGAAGACCAAUGCAGUGCGGCUCAGUCUGCGCACGAAGGCAUGUCGGCAUUCUUCGCUUUGGCACGGCUUUCGCCCAACCAGGUGGAGAGAUGGGGCGAGGUGCACAAUCGCACAUUCACAAUGGCCGUCAUAAUCGGUACACUGCUGGCCACAAAACGGAGCCACCCCAGCGGUGAUAUCAACGACCCGCGACUGACACUGGCCAAGAGCGAUUUCGAACGUUACGUGAGGCUUCUUGAGCGUGCACAAGGCACAGCCGGCUUUCGAAAAGUCCAGCAAGAACGACUUGCGAAUCUCAAAGAACUGCGGGCGGCCUUUUAG